UAAAAUCAACACUUUGAUAAAAAGCAUAUAUUAGAAAUGUACAGUUUUGUUUUACGUAUGUUCAACCAACAAUAAUUAUAUUCUCAACUUAAAAAAAGCCUUUUUUCAUUUCUUAACUUAAGAGGCAAGCUUUUCCAAAUGAUGUUGUUUGUAUUCAUUGGCUGUACAAUAACAUAGUUUGCAUGUCAUUCCUGUGCCAAACUAUUUAUAAAGGAAUCAACAUCUUUCAUUCCUGGAAGUGGAAAUGACGUCAUUGUUUUAACUGUAUUACAAGUGUUCUUCUAUAUAUGCAAGUAGCAUCGUUUGCGGGUGACAAUGAUAAAGGGGUUAUGGUUAACAAACUUGUCAUUUUCAUUGCUCACGCAUGCGCGACUUUAGCGACAAACUGGAGCAUGGCUUAAACAUAUGUAGCUUCUUCAUUCGCUAUUAAACACAUGGAACCUGUCACCAGUGCUUUAUUACAAAAACUUAUUCUUAAUUAAAUCGAAAUGUCAUAUCUACAGUACGUCAGUAUUCCAGCUGUUGUUUGUGGUUCAAUAAUUUUUUCUCAAGAAAAUAACACAUGGGAGUUAAAUGUUUCCAAAGGAACUGUUCUUGCGUUUAUUUCUAAUAUAUGUUUAUCCCUGAGAAACGUGUACAUGAAAAAGAAUUACAUAUCACAUUCUAAGUUCAUAAUUAACAAAACCCAUAUUGGAUUAGGACUAUUUGUUGGUUUUGCCGUAGGAGCAUUGGUUCUUGUGAACAUCGGGAUAGCACCCCCAGGAUCCCCAAAAUUAUACUUUCUUCUCACAGGAUCUUCUUUAUUUCAUGCUAUUUAUAGCUACAUAUCUACGGUAGUUGUACUUCACCAUUUUUCUGUUAUUGGUCAUGCAUUUGGAAACAUUUUGAAAAGACUUGCUGUUCUUGGUUUAUCAUACGUAACAGGCUCCAAAACAUCGUCAAUCGUAAAUUGUAUUGGACUUUUCAUAUGUGCAACAGGCCUGACAAUUUAUGCGUUUUCUAAAGUAAAAGAGUUGAAUCAGCACCAAAUUAACAAAGAGUUUCAAACUGUGAUGAGCUACAAAAGACAUUUAUUCUUUACCUUGGUUACUAUCAUUGUAUUUUUUCUGGCAGUGACUCAGUUCUUCGAGAGACAUAUGACGUUAGAGUUAUUGAAAUGUAGAACGAAAUAUGUUGAUGGAAAUAAUGGUAGUUAUAAAUUGCUGUGGAAUAAUUUAUCUCUGUCAAAGCAAGCGACAUUCAACAUCAAAGACUUCCUAACAUUAGAUCUAGCACACAAUCCAGAAGAAAGUAAUAAACUUUCUCCAUUACUUACAAAACGGUCAGCUGUAAUUGACGAAGCUCAGAGAAUUCACAUGAAUAUUUUCAAGUCCCUGUUGGGCGGGUAUAAGUAUGCAAUUCUAUUCGAUCUAACUCCCUCGGAAAACAAAGGUGACUCGGCGAUUACUGUUGGAGAAAUAUUGCUUUUGAGGAAACUCAAAAUCGAAAUUGUGUUUGCAUGCAAAUAUUUUGCUGCGGAUUAUCAGUUUGAAAGAGCUUACAACAUCAGUAAAACAUAUUCAAGUAAAGAUCUUGUCAUUCUUUUUAAUGGUGGCGGAAAUGUCAUUGGUUGGCAUGAGGCGGACGUUGCUCGUAGUAAACAAAUAGCAAGAUUUAUGCAGUUCAAUAUUGUCAUGUUUCCACAAAGUAUUUUGAUGAUGGGAGGUGAUUCCCUCAUAAAAUUUUGCCAGAAAAUAUAUGCAUCUCAUCCGAGACUUACCUUUCUAUGGCGAGAUAAGGUAUCUUUUGAGCUUGGAAAGAAGCUCUUCCCUAAGGUACGGUCGUUAUUAUCACCAGAUCUUGCCUACCAGAUUGGUUUCGUUCCUCGUUUCAUGCAUCCAACGUUUGAUAUACUUUGGAUAAAGCGCACCGAUAAAGAGUCUCCACACUACAAUACACCGGCAGCUCCGGAAGGAUAUCGUAUGAAUGUUUCUGAUUGGUUGAUGUGGAAAACCCCGCGUGGGGACUCGCCAAUGGAAAACAUUUUUCUUAUGACAACAAAUGGAAUGAUGUUUUUACAGAGAGGUCGAGUAGUUAUCACUGAUCGUCUUCACGGUCAUAUUCUAUCAACUCUUCUCAAUAUCCCCCACAUAUAUAUUGAUAACAAACAACGUAAAAUAUCUAACUAUCACACCACAUGGACUGCUGGCUUAGAUAAUGUAGUUUUAGCAAAUUCUAGUAUUGACGCAGUUGAAAAAGCAAAGGAAUUGCUGAUAAAACUGGAUAAAGAAUUACCUUCAGUUAAAGGAUAUUUCAUAAAUAAAGUAAGAAAAGACAAUGCAUAAGAGGACAACAAGCUAACGAUAUGAAAUUAACACUAUAAUUAAAAUGUUUUAUACUAAAAUGUCAGUAACAAAAGGAACUACUGCAGUUUAAGAAGCUUUAUGCACAAAUAUAAUAAGCACAGAUGAGAAUUGUAUAUUUUCAAAAUGUUUUCAUUUUUGUAUUAACAAACAUGUACCAGAUAUGUCUAUAAAAUGUUUCUAAAAUAAAUGAUUCAAACAAAAAAAAACCCAUAAGCAUUCGAAAGGUCUGAUAUAUCCCCUUUCACAGUAAAUGUUAUAACCUUUGACCGACCUAAGUAUUACCUUGACCUUAAAAGAAACAAGCUGGUUUUUGAGUUCUGCACAUCAUCUCAUACUGGCUUUCAUUUGUUCCAUGUGAUUUUAAAACUUCUUUAGCAAGCUAAAGGUAAUUCAUAUAGGAUAUAAA